AAUGAAUGAAGUAAUUUCUUACUCAUCAAACAACAAUUGUCAAGGAUAUUGGAACAAUUGUGAAUAUGAAUCCUGCUGGAUUCCCCAAGGCCAAUUAUCAAAUGAAGUUUAUUACGGCCAAUAUGAACACUUAAAUAAUUACGCUUAUCAAAACACUUACGAAUCGAACAAUUCUAAUUCAUAUUGGUACCGGAAUGAAACUGACUUGAGGAAUGUGUCUGUUUCAUCACGAACUCAGCUUAAAAACUUGCUAAUGAGACAAAAGUACCUAACGGAGGAAAGGCAAAGGCCAUAUGGAACAAAUGCAAAAAAAUUUUCUUCUGAACCUUUAAAAAUAGCCGCUCAGAUUAAAGAUGUUCCACCUGAUAUUCUACAAGUUCAUACUAAAUUACAAAAUCCGACAAGAGGAUUUCUUGAAGAUAAACGAAAGGAACAAAUUCAGCGUUACGUUAAUGGUGAAUUUAAUAAAAAUGGAGGGGUGGUUUCAUCAUCAGCGCAUGCCUCAUCUGCUGGAGCUGUUAAAGUCGUUGCAACAAACUUGAAAACUGGCUGCUCCAGUGCUCCAGAUAUAGGAAUAGAAGAAGCUAGUGAAGUUGAUGACACAUAUAAUCUACUGGAUGAUUUAAUCUCUUUAGACGGCAUUGAGAACUCUAUCGAUCCGGAAGCAAUUGAGCCAUUCCAUCUACAGUUGGCUCAAUCAGCUAAUACAUAUGACCGAGAUUACAACGAAGAAAUGAAUACAGCAACACAUAGUUGCCCUGCAGACAUUGAAAAAGAUGUUAGAUUAUUCAGUGGGGGUCGCCGCAGGUCGGAAGUUCGUACUCAGUUCUCGGGCGAGGACGACAUGAAAAACUAUCAAAAAGAAUUAGAGAGAAAAUUUAACCACAAUCAGAUUGAACGACGAAGAAGAUAUAAUAUUAAUGAUAGAAUUAAAGAAUUAGGAACAUUACUCCCUAGACGAAAUGACACGACAUUUAAUGAUUUAAAGCAAAAUAAAGGAUCGAUACUGAAAGCUUCUGUAGAUUAUAUACGCAAGCUACAAGAUGAUCAAAGGCGUUUAAAAGCAAUUGAAGAUCAAAAUCGCCAUAUGGAAGCCACGAAUAGAAAGUUAAUACUUCGAAUGCAAGAUAUGGAGAGAAUGAUGACAGUUCAUGGAAUUUCGAACGCAAGUGGGACAAGCAGUAAUGAGAUGCUAGAAGAAGUUCUGGGAAAUAUUCGAAACCCUAUUCUAAAAUCUGAACCCAAGGAAGAUAUAUCUACUUCUGUAGAUGAAAUUAUGGAUGAUCACAACCCACUAUGCAGCAGUGACCCUAUGUUUUCAACUUUUGAUCAAUAA